CCUACAAUAGCUUUAAGUAGAACAUUUCACUUUCAAGUAAACAACCAAACACAUUUUAAAUAAAAUAUUUUUUUUUGUGACGUUGAAUCGAUAUUGUAUUUUACACUUGAAAUUAAAACACUGUGAGAGUGUAAAAAGGAAACGCCGUAAAUUGCUAUAGUAUAUGAUUGUUAAAAUGUUUAAAUAAUAUCGGCGUAAUUUGGACUUGAAUUCUACAACUUUUAAGAUGGGUAUACGUGAAAUUGCAUGCAUUGUAGUAUGUUGUCUUAGCAUUGUCCAAGAAGAAGUAGCAAGUCAGAGUGUCUACACAGUAAAUGAUACAACUACGUUACAAAGAGACAUGUUGGCUAAUUACGAUAAGAAACAAAGACCACAGUCACAAACAAAUCUUUUGUUGGAAUUUGGACUGUUGCAUAUAACUGAACUGGACAUUGUAACUCAACGUUUAUUCAGUAUGGGGUUCCUUUUAAUUGACUGGAAGGAUGACCGAUUGCAAUGGACACCUUCAAAUUACGGAAAUAUAACGGCUUCUAUGUUUAGACUUUCUGACAUAUGGAUCCCGCCAUUAGUUUUGAGUAAUGCAGCUGACGAACUAAAGAUACUUGGUGACAAUUCUGAUUUCGCAAGUUCUCCUGUAAAUGUGGAUUCAACAGGGGAUGUCGUAUGGAUGGCACCUGCCAGUUUUGUAGCACAAUGCACUGUCAACAUUAAAUACUAUCCAUUUGAUUCACAAAGCUGCAAGUUAGUGGUUUCAUCUUGGAUGUUCCUUGAAUUUAUGAUAGACCUUGGUCCAAUGUCACGAACCAUCAACCUUGACAUUUAUAAGGAACACGGCGAAUGGGAAGUCACUGGGACAUCAGUAACAAACAGAACAAGAUCACUCAGUGGUUACCAGCUGCCGGCAAUAGAUUUCACUCUUGAACUGAAGAGAAAGUAUUCAUACUAUCUGUUGAACAUGCUCCUCCCAGUUAUCAUUCUUGCUUCGAUGGCGCCAUUUGUUUUUAUUCUGCCGGUAGAAAGCGGAGAAAAGAUUGGCUUUGCUCUGACAAUUUUAUUGUCAUUGUCGGUUGUUAUGACCAUAGUUUCAGACAAUAUACCGCCGACAUCAACUCAUAUCUGCGUUUUGAGUGUAUAUCUAUUAAUGACAUUUAUUCUAUGUUCUGUACAAACACUGGUUACGGUGCUUGUAUGCAGAGUUCAUGAGCUCCAAAAUAAGACUUACAUCAUGGGCACAGCAUGCAAGAAAACUGUCCAGCUUCUUGCUAAACUAACAAAAUACAGGACCAAAACAGCAUCAGUCAAACGAAUAUUUUAUUAUUGUUUGCAAUCUAAAUCCGCUCUAAUUUUCAAACGAAGACCCAGAGGUGAUGCCUUGUCCGAGGUUAAAGAUGUACCUGGUAUCAAAGAAACUCAAGUUGUCAGCCAAGAGAAAAUUGACUUAUCAAAAAGUAAAGGCAUCGCUUGGACUGAAAAUGAAACUGAUAAACCAGAGGAUGAAAGCAUAGACGAACAACUUGAAUACACAUAUGAAGACAUGGUGAUCAUGUCGGAGAAAUUCAACUUUUAUCUUUUUACUGUCUUGACCUUACUCACAACAAUUAUUUGUAUGAUCAUUUUGGAAACAAAUGGAUCAGUGAAAUAG